CUAUUCCCCACCCCCUCGCUCUUGUCACAGGGAGAUGGCAGUGUGGUGGGCUGUGCUGGGGCUGUUGGCUGCCUGUGUGGCCAGUGCUGCGAAGGAAUCUGUGCUGAAUGUGUGCAUGGAUGCCAAGCACCACAAAACCAAGCCAGGCCCGGAGGGGGCGCUGCAUGGCCAGUGUGCCCUGUGGAAAGACAACGCCUGCUGCACGGCUGAGACCAGCACGGGGGCUCACCAGGACCAGUCCUACCUGUACAACUUCAACUGGAACCACUGUGGGGUGAUGCCAGAGAUGUGCAAGCGGCACUUCAUCCAGGACACGUGUCUGUACGAGUGCUCGCCCAACCUGGGGCCCUGGAUCGACCAGGCGGAUAACAGCUGGCGCCGGGAGAGGAUCCUCAAUGUGCCGCUGUGCAAGGAGGACUGUGAGCUGUGGUGGGAGGCCUGCAAGGAUGCUGUCACCUGCAAGGAGAACUGGCACAAGGGCUGGAACUGGACCUCAGGGACCAACCGGUGCCCCCAUAGCUCCACAUGCCAGUUGUUCAAAUACAUCUUCCCCCGCCCGGCAGACCUGUGUGAGAAGAUCUGGUCCAACUCGUACAAAUACACCACAGAGCACUGGGGCAGCGGGCGCUGCAUCCAGAUGUGGUUCGACCCUGCCAACGGGAACCCCAACGUGGCCGUGGCCAAGUACUAUGCCCAGAACGGAAGAGACGCCUCUCCUGCGCCACGGGCUGUCCUGCUGCUGCUGCCGGCUGCUCUCCGGUCCCUGCUUUGAGCAUCCAGAAGCCUCUGGCAGCUCCACUGGCUUA